CUUGAUUUGAUCCGACUAUUGAUGAAUUGGGGUGCGCUGUUUCAGGAAGAUAAUUUGGGGCGAUCGCCGCUACAUUGGGCUGUCGCUGAGGGCGAUGUACCAUGUUUAUCCGAGUUACUUCACGGAUGUGAAGCGCAAGAUUUAGACAGGAAAGAUAAAAUGGGACAGACACCAGUGCACUUCGCUGUACAGUUGGGUUACACGGACGUUGUGGCUCUGCUGGUUCAAAAGGGCUGCAGUCUUACUAAACGCAAUAUUGACGGUCUGACACCGCUACUGUUAGCAGCGUGCUAUGGACAUUGUGAUAUAUUCAAAACAAUUCUAGCAAAGAAUGAUAAAUACAUUAACCAGACAGCUAUGCAGGGACGUACUGCUCUACACUUUGCUGCAGCUAGUGGCGAAGUAGAGUUGUGUGACUAUUUACUGCAAAUUGGAAUAGACAUCAGUGCUGUGGAUAUCAAUGGUCACACGCCGUUAUUCAUCGCCGUUACCAACGGCAACGUGAAUGUGGCAAAGUUGUUGAUAAAGAGAAGGGCAAAAAUAUUGAACGCAACAGAUAAACUUGGCAGAUCUUGUCUACACUAUGCCGCUGAGGGCGGUAAUAUACAGUUGACAUCGCUGUUGGUGGCUGUCGUAACCAUGUUGAAGUUAUCCAACAAAUCGAAGGCGGCUCAAUCAUGGAUGGAUCUCAAAGAUGACACUGGCAGUACCGCAUUAUACCUGGCUGCACUGAAAAACCACAGACCAGUAUGCAGAUUGUUAUUAGAUUUUAGCGCCACCACCGACAAACGUGGAGAGAUACUUUUGUUUAAUAUGGUACUUACAGUGAAUGAUGAAAAUAGACUUAGUAUGAGCGACGAAUGGAAAUGUGACGAAGAAAAAUUAGAGCAACAACAACAACAACAACAACAAGAUUCAUAUUUGACCUCUGAAAACAAAGACAAGCAGGGAUUGAAAACUGACAAACGAGAUACGUUUCUUCAGAGGACUCUGAAAGCAUUCGAUCGGUCAUUCUAUGUGUAUUUACCGGAGUCGGUGAAACCGAAGUUGACAACAAAUAAACGACCGUCGACUUCACCGGCAGUAUUGCCAUCAGCAACCAAGACUUCGAAAUUAGACCAAGGAAAAGAGAGCAAAAUACCAGGCGUUGUACUUCCGCUCAGAAAGACUAACCAGACAACAUUACACUUAUCGAGAUACUGUAGAGAGGAGGCGGACAAGGCAACAUACAGCGCAUCACAUGACAGGGCCAACUUGAAGAAAAACAUCUACUUACCUGAAAUACAACCGUUUUGGCUUGCUCAACCUCGUCCCAGGACCGUACCAUCAACUCUAACAUUGAACAACUUGAGCACGUCGUUGUCGCCAAGGUUACACGCCAUGGUUCCAGAGAACAGGAGUUACAACUUGGGAUCACCACGACGGGCUGUUUCCCAUACAUUAAAGUAUUCUAAACAUCAGACAAUGUCAACUUACAAUACUCCAAAGCGUGCUCCGUCGUCAUGGAUACAGAGAGCGUACCGGAGUCAAAACAAAUCAACUACAAAGCAGCAAAGCAUUGUUGGUCGAUUAGGAAGAGUCACGCCGACUGACAGCAUGGAAAGACGUACUUGUACACCUAGCAUUGUUUUGCCGAGAAUGGCGAACCUUGUAGGAAUACACGAAGAGCUACAAAACAAUUUCCUUUAAACCAGACCGUCCUCUUUAGGUUAAACAGAUGUAUUUUUUUUGUUUUGCUUUUAAAUACUGCAUAAACUGUUAUACCCCCAC